AUGGUUGCCACAACGCCAAUCAGAGGAGGCCGUGGAGGUGGUAGAGGAGGAAGGGGAGAUGGCGGCGGGAGAGGCGGUAGAGGUGGGAGAGGUGGUAAUUUCAGCGGUGGAAGAAGUGGUGGUUUUGGUGGAAGGGGCGGCUUUGCCAUGAAGAGAGGCGGCGGUAGAGGUGGCGACAGAGGCGGUGCACGCGGUGGUGGCAGGGGCCGCGGACGAGGAGGGGGGAUGAAAGGAGGAAGUAAGGUUAUAGUGGAGCCACACAGGCACGACGGCGUUUUUAUUUCUAAGGGGAAAGAAGACGCUCUCUGCACGAAAAACAUGGUUCCUGGUGAAGCCGUUUAUAAUGAGAAGAGGAUCUCUGUUCAGAAUGAAGAUGGAACAAAGGUCGAGUACAGAGUUUGGAAUCCUUUCCGUUCGAAGUUGGCUGCUGCAGUUCUUGGUGGAGUUGAUAACAUUUGGAUUAAACCUGGAGCUCGCGUGCUUUAUCUCGGUGCUGCUUCUGGAACCACUGUAUCUCAUGUUUCUGACAUUGUUGGCCCUGAGGGGGUAGUGUAUGCUGUUGAAUUUUCUCACAGAAGUGGAAGGGAUCUAGUGAACAUGGCAAAGAAGAGGACUAAUGUUAUCCCAAUUAUUGAGGAUGCAAGACAUCCUGCAAAGUAUAGGAUGCUUGUCGGCAUGGUUGAUGUCAUAUUUUCUGAUGUUGCUCAACCUGACCAGGCCAGAAUAUUAGCUCUGAAUGCAUCCUACUUCUUGAAAGCUGGAGGUCACUUUGUUAUAUCAAUUAAGGCAAACUGCAUUGACUCGACUGUACCUGCCGAAGCUGUAUUUGCCCAGGAAGUGAAAAAGUUGCAGCAAGAUCAGUUCAAACCUGUAGAACAGGUAACACUUGAGCCUUUUGAGCGAGAUCAUGCUUGUGUGGUGGGUGGCUAUCGCGUGCCCAAGAAACAAAAGGCCGCAGCCUAA